AUGCCCCGACCUCGACCCCGCGGGCGGGGCAAAACCAGAUCCGGCUCGCAAAGGAUGGAUCCCGAAGAGGGCACCACACCACCGGCUCCGGAACAGGUGGCGUGUGAUCCGUCGCAAGAAGAGAGUGCGGCGCCGGUGGUCGAAGAGAGGGCAGACACUGACGCGGUAGCGGGAGAAGACCAAGGGGCGAGUGAGAACGAGGCGGAACGGACACGCGAAGAGCUCGAGCGGACGGUCACGGAGCUCAGCAUCCAGAACGAGUACCUCAAGUCCCAGAUCGCCGGUGCUCAGCAGCUGGCGAAUAGCGCCGAGGUGGGAAUAGGCAGUGGGAGGGAAGACGAGGAUGACUCCGAGCUCGUUAGGAGCUUGAAGGAGCAGGUCGAAAGGCUUAGCAAGGAGGUUCAAGAGCAAAAACAGACGCAGAAGGUUGCGGAGGCGGCCCUCGAGCACGUCAAUAUGUCCUACGCCGAGGCGGACGACAAGGUUCAGGAGCUCACGGCGAAGCUCAACCAAGCUCAACUGAAGAUUGAAAAAGAACUAAAGGAACGAGAUGACAAAUAUGUUGAGUUGGAUACUAAGUUCCAGAGGCUUCACAAGCGUGCGAAAAACCGUAUACAAGAUAUACAGAAGGAAAAAGAUGAUCUGGAAGCUCGGUUUAAUGAGAUUAAUCAGAAGGCUAUGGAAACUGCUUCUCUACAGCUAGCGGCACAACAGGAACUGGAACGUGCUCGUCACCAGGCUAGUGAUGCUUUACGGGCAAUGGAUGCUGAAAGACAGCAACUGCGGACUGUGAACAACAAGUUAAGAUGUAAUUUUGACGAGACACGGCUUGCUUUGGAGGCCAGGAAUAAUGCCCUUGAGAAACUGCAACAGUCAAUGCUUGAAAAAGAGCAGAUGCUAGAACAAAUCCAAAGAUCAAUGCAGUCUGCGGAAGAAAAGAGGCAUGCAUCAGUUUCAGAGCUUUCUGCUAAGCAUCGCAAGCAAUUAGAGAGCUUGGAGGCACAGCUAGCUGAGGUUUCUGCAGAGAGGACAAAGGCAUCCAAAACUAUUCAAUCACUGCAGAUGGUACUCGCGGAGAAAGAUUCAAAAAUAACCGGAAUUGAAGCAGCAUCAACCGGUGAAGCUGCCCGGCUUAAAGCUACCUUGGAGGAGAUUAAAGGCGAGCUUACUCAUUUAAAGGACCAACAUGAGAAAGAAAGACAAAGCUGGGAAGCCGAAUGUGAAUCCCUUAGAGAAAAAUUGGAAGCAUUGGAAAGUGCGCGCUUUAGAUCUGAGAUAGAAUCUGCCAAAUUUAGAAAUCAAUUGGAAUCAGAGUUGUCAACGCAAAAUCAAUUGCUUCAAAACAAAGAUUCGGAUCUAAUUUCUGCGAAGGAGGAGAUCAGUCGACUAGAAAGUGAGUUUUCCGCGUACAAGAUCCGUGCACAUGCACUUUUGCAAAGGAAGGAUGCUGAGUUGAGCGCAGCUCAAAAUUCAGAUGUUCUUAAAGCACAUGAAGAAGCAAUAAGAGAAGCUGAAAAGGAGGUGGCAGCUGCCUUAGAAGAACGAGAUGAAGCGAUCCAGGACCUUCAAGUUGCUCAAUGCAGGCAUAGUGAAGAGAUUGAGGCAAGGGAUUUGGGUCUUGCGGAGUUGGACAAAAAACUGAAGAAUGUCAUGAAAAAAUUAGAUUAUGUUACCUCUCAAUUUCUCUCAGAAAAAGAAUCAUGGGAGAAAAAAUUGGCAAGUGUAGAGGAAAGCUGGAGAUUAAAAUGUGAGUCUAUGAAGGGUCAAAGCAAUGGCCAUGUUGAAGACCACCUUCAGAAGAACCUAGGGGAAUGGACACUGAAGUAUGAGAAAUUGAAGGAAGAGCAUGAAUCGUUCCGUGAUAUUUCUGAUAGAAUGAUUGAAGAGAAGGAACGGGAGAUAGCUAAACUUCUCAAUGCAAACAAGGAUCUUCAUCAUUCUUUAGAGGCUAAAGCAGCAGUCAGCAAACGUGACAAUCAAAGCCCAGGAUAUGUUAAACAGGAUGCACUAAGUAUUGAAUUGGCUGAGCAGCAAAUUCUGGUAACAACGGGGAUACGACAUCUCACAGUUUUCAGCUUACAAUUGUGUACAUUUCAGCUUCUUGCACGGCAACAAGCACAAAGGGAAGAAGAAUUGAGUCAGUCACAUAGGCAUAUCUUGGCGCUUCAACAAGAAGUUGAAGAUCUUGAGCGUGAAAACCGUCUUCAUGAUCAACAGGAAGCAAUGUUGAAGGCUGAGCUUCGGAAUAUGGAGAGAUCACAAAAGCGAGAAGGAGUAGAUAUGACAUACCUAAAAAAUGUGAUCUUAAAGCUUCUUGAAACAGGGGAGGUGGGGGCCUUGCUGCCUGUGGUUGCGAUGCUACUACAGUUCAGCCCUGACGAGCUCAAUAAAUGCCAACAUGGCGUCCUCUCAAAUGUCGCUUCCUUACCAGCUACAGCAUUGUCAGAUGGUGGAUCGACACCAAAUUCAUUCUUUGGAAGAUUCACAUUCUAA